AAUAGUAAUAUAUGUAUAUUCUUAAAUUUUUGGCAACUUAAAAAAUAUUUAUCAGCGAACGUUCCAAACAACUGCGUAAAAAACAAAUUUUUGUAAAACAAUCGUCGAUAAGUUAUAGUCCUGUGUUACAUGAUAUGUCGAAUUCGUUUCUUUGUUUACGUUUUAGCACCAGGCAAAUCAUGCUACAAUCUGAAUCCUGUUAAAUUCAAUCUAGAAUUACCAUCUACGUCGUUAACAGAAACCUAAAUGGGAUUAAACAGUGUAAUCGAUAUCACAGCUCUGCAUUAAAAAUUGAUAUUGAAUAAUACUAUUCAAAACUUUACCCCGAAUAAUCAAUAGACGGAAUUGUAGCGGUUUUGUGUACGUGUUUUAUUGGAAAAAUAAACUUGGAGAGAUAAACAACACUCGAUUUUUGCACAGAUAAUUCGUAAUCGGAAUGUGAUUAUUUUGUCUAUAGUACGAACCUGCACCAUUACUCAUGUGCCAAGAAGUCAGAAAAGUGUAUUUUAUUAACAAUAAAAUAGGAACAUUAGAAACUACUCAUAACUGCUUUACUGCUUAUGGAAAGGAUUUUCUUCUGUGAAUGCGCAUUCAGACACUGUAUAAUGAAUCAUUUACCUCACAUUAUAUUCAUAUUACGAGUGUUUAAAAAACGGAGAUAAGAUAUAUCAUUGAUAUUCACGCACAGAUACAUUGUUUUUCAUAUCUACAGUUUUCACAGUAUACAUAAGGAACUAUUUUCACAGAAAGACACUUCAUUUAAUAAAUACAUUUCUGUAAACUCUACAAACUUAUGACCGAGAUGGAAUUUGAUAAUAUUAAGAAGCAAAACAGGAUUUCAGUUUUGUUUGCUCUUGAAUAUUUGUCAGAAGGAAUGAAUAAGUUUGCAGACGACGAAUUUCAAAACCAUCACAGUAGGCUUGUUAAAAUGCUGCAACAUUUAAAUUAUCCUCCUUGCAUAAGGUCUUGCAGCAAAAUAUCGAGAAAUGAACAAUCAUGGUGCAAAACGUGUUCUGGUUGGAGAACAACCAUACUCAGUUCACAUAGAAAUCGAUCUUUGAUAGGAAAAAAUGGAUCUGAUUGGUCCAAAAUAGAUUCUUCAAAAUUGCCGACAGUUGCAACAGAGGUAGAGAAGUGUUACCAUCCAGAUUGGUCUAUAAAAAUGACAGGUUCCAGUCCGAAUUCAGAUGAUAUUUCAAUACUGAUUGGAAAAUUGAUAAACUGCAGUGAUAUUCGAUCAUUAUUCGCAAACACUGUAGAUCCAGACAGCAUUAGAGUGAUUCGAAAUAAGAUUGUUCAUAAUUCAGGUGAAAUAACAUCGACUGAGAAAAAGCAAUACUGUCAACAAAUACUGGACUUUCUGCGGACACCCGAAGUUUGGCUAUAUCAAGAGGCGAAAGAAGCUCAUAGCAAAAUUCAAUUAUUUAUGAGAUAUGAUUAUAUGGAUUUAAUUAAGAAUAAAAUUAUAGUGGAACAUGAGCUGAACAAACUAAAAGAAAGAAUAAAAACACGUACAUCCAGGGUUUAUAACCUAUCCAGGAUAUUUACAUUGGUGUUAAUUGGAAUUUUCUUGUUCUCCUUGAUUUACGUUGGAUUUGAUAGAACAUUUUACACAAUGUCUAUCAUAUCUGUAUGCGUGAUAAUAGGAGCUUUCCUAAUACCGACGAUUUAUUUAGGCAUAUUACAAAUCACGAAAACACAAUUGUAUGCUUACGUUGUCAUUUUUAUGGACCGUUUACUUUUUGUAGAACGACUGGAAGAUGACAUUUGUGAAGACAUUUCGUUGAUCACAAGAGACGAAUGGAGAGCAAGAUUACCAAAAAGUAUAGAGUUCAUGGAAAAACCUGUCAUGAAUGUCCUUGUACACCAUACUGCUGGAUUACAUGGCGAAGACACACAAAUGUGUUCCCAGAUUGUUAGAAGUAUUCAGAACUUGCAUAUGGACGAUAAUAAAUGGGAUGAUGUUGGUUACAACUUUUUAAUUGGAGAAGAUGGAUGUGUGUACGAGGGAAGAGGCUGGAACAAAGUCGGUGCACAUACCUUAGGAUGGAAUAAAAAUUCAGUUGCUUUCGCGUUUCUUGGAAAUUACAAUGAUAGAAGACCUAAUCCACUCGCAUUAAAGGCUUUAAGAGAUGCAAUGUCCAGUGGUAUCAAGAAUGGGCAUAUUUCACCAUACUAUACACUUUAUGGACAUAAAGACAAACGCCCAACUGAUAGUCCAGGAAACUAUCUUUAUGCUGAACUCAGAAAUUUCAAACAUUAUCACCAUAAUUAAGGAACAUAUAAACGGUAUCGUUCAGCUGAUGCUGUUAUCUUACAAUUUCUUAGUAGUUAAUAUUAUUUCUUAGUUUAUAGUUUUUUCUAUCCGAUAAAAUAACAAUGCCAGUUAUAACAUGUCUUGACCAUCAAACAUUUUGACAAAAAAGAAGAAAAAAAAGGAAAAAUAUUGUUCUGCAAUUUUUCUCGGCAAAACAUGUUUUGUUACAAUAUAUAGGGAUGUACAGCGCUGGGCCUGCAACAAUGAACAACACCCAUACCGCAUAGUCAGCUAUAAAAGGCCCCGAAAUGAUAAUGUAAAACAAUUAAAACGAGAAAACUAACGGCCAGAUUUAUGUAAAAAACAAUGACGAAAUACAAAUAUGAUAUACAGCAACAAACGACAACAACUGAAUUACAGGCUCCUGACUUGGAACUGAAUUCGGAUACUUUAGUAGUAUUUUGUUAUAUCUGAUUAACCUACAUGGAAAAUAACAUUGAAAUAGCAAAAGUAAAAAAACGGAACGAUUUUAAAAAUGUAUCAAGUUGCAAUUCCUACCUUACAUACGGUUAUCGACAAAGGUGUUUUAUAUAUAAUGUUUCAGACGCAAUUGAUAAAAUGUAAUCGAGCGUCGACAAUAAAUAAUCCCAUUGAAAA